CCACCACUUAGAAUUUGUACCUCAAUCUGAAACAAUGUGGCCUACACUUUUAAUUAUUUUAUUAUUUUCUUCAGCCCUAGCUGAUAUGAUUGCUCCAGGAAUAGAUAGAUCACUCCCAGAUGGCGGAACAAGCAUGGGUUAUAACGUCGUGUACGGUGAUGAGGAUCUGACGGUCAUCAAUCAAGUAGUGGGAAAUGAAGAGAAGUGGAAUAGUGUGAUGAAAAGCUCUGACGUGUACCGCGCUCUACCGCCUCUUCCAGCUCAAGAUGUUAAGUGUUUGAUGUCAGUUGACAGAUAUUGCUCCAAAGAUAUGGGUAAAAUGAAAAGUGUACUGAUACAAGCGUUAAAAGACGAUUGUAAACAAUGUACUACAGCUGAGAAAGAGAGCGCAGGCAAGAUUGUAGCGUCUUUGAUGGCGCACGAUCCCACCGCCUGGAAGCUGUUCCUCACCAGGUACGACAGCCUGAACAAAGUGCAGCGGAUCCUUGGAUAAUGUACCUACCAUAAACCGAAAAUUUCGAGAAGAUAAUCUUUCCUCUGUAAUUUAAAAGCUCUUUUAUAUUGGAACUUCUUCAGAAAAAUUCAAAUUUGUUGAAGCUUGUCCUUAAAUACAGAAAUGGCUGCGGAUGGCUCUUUGUUACAAAAAUUAAAAUAUAGAGUUCAUAUAACUGUGUAUAACUAACUGUGCAAGAAGCAUUGUAUCAUUGAACAAGUCCGUAAAUGAAGCAACUGAAAGCGCCCUGCCCUGAUGAUAAUAUCAGAAAAUGUGCUAAUAUAAAUCAACUGUUUACACUUUAGGUCAACUCUACAAAUAUUAUCUAAAAGGAAACUGCCCAAAGAAGAAAUGCCUAGAUAUUAAAUUACGGGUGAACCUGAAUACAUUGAAAAUGUCAGACAUCGAUACAUGAUGCCCGGCUUCAAAGAGAGAGUCAAAAGAUAUGUGACCGAGAGAAUUAAUUGACAUAUCUACCAA